UAUUUUCCUGUUUACUUAAUAGUUUUUUCUGCUCAAAAUGUCUUUAAGGCGAUCAUUUAGCUAAAAAACAUAAUUAAAUUUAUAUGGUGAUAAAGUAAUGACAGAGCCCAGGCUGGUUUGUUUUGUUUCUGAGAUUAUCCACAAUAUCUUUAGCACAUUAACCUUGUUUCAACACCCAUCUCAGUCAGCAUUUAGAUCCUCACUCCCCUUUCCCUCAGACACUCAACCCCCCUCUCCCACCAACAAUAACCUUUUACCCAGAGAGCUUCUAUAGGCCCAGAGCAGGGGCAGUUCAGAGCAGAGCUGUUUGAUUCGUGCAGACUCAGGGAUAUGGUGAGAUGGCAGACGGGACUGGAAAUGUAUUGGCUGUGACCUGAGGCAGUGGGAGGAGACUUUGACAAUGAAUGUGCUGAGGACACAUGUUUACAAUGAUGGGAGAGAGGGGAAGAAUGGAGCAGCACAGGAUCACUGAACACUACGGUGCCCCUCUUAAACAGACUGACAGUCAAGGAAGCUAAUGCAAGUCUCAGCAGAAGGACGCUGGAGUGGCACAGUGUAAUGUGAGACGCAUGCAAAACAAUUAUUCAAUUAGUUAUCAACAAGGGCUGAUAGCAUUUGUUUUGUAUUUCACUGUUCUGUACUAAGUUCAAUACACUCUCCCUGUUCCCUACACACUUAAACAAGGGGGACAAGUCAUUACAAGGACUAACAGGAAAAACUGUGAAGAUAAUUUCUCAGGGAUGACCACUGCCCAGUUACUGGAAACUUCAUCCAAAGAGUCUGUGUUUGGUGCCCAGCCUUCCCAAAGGAUGGCGUCCACUGUGUCCGCAGUCCCCCAUGGUGUAUUUGGCCCCUCGCCCCCCCCUCCAGCUGUCUGGCCUCCUCUGGACUUCGCCCUGGGUGCUCUUGCCUGCUGCGCAGCCUGUGUGUUCACCAAUCCCCUGGAGGUUGUGAAGACUCGUCUGCAGCUUCAGGGAGAGCUGCGUGCACGGGGAUCCUACCAGAGACACUACCGUGGAGUCCUGCAGGCCCUCUGGGUGGUGGGCCGCACAGACGGGCUCCGGGGCCUGCAGAAGGGGCUCUCAGUCGGGCUGAUCUACCAGGGUGUGAUGAACGGUGUGAGGCUGGGCUCCUACUCCUAUUGUGAAGCUCUGGGUAUCACCUCAUUCCAUGGGGGGAGUCUGCUGUCAGGGGCAGGGGCUGGGGCGCUGGGUGCCUUCAUUGCCUCUCCUGCCUACCUGGUGAAGACCCAUCUGCAAGCUCAAACUGUGGAAGCCAUAGCAGUAGGUCACCAGCAUAACCAUCUGGGAGUCUCUGAUGCGUUUCUGACUAUCUAUAGAAGAGAAGGUUUAAUUGGUCUUUGGAGGGGUGUGAAUGGGGCUGUGCCUCGCGUCAUGGUGGGAUCAGCUGCUCAACUGGCAACCUUCACCUCGGCCAAGGACUGGCUGUCGCAUUCCCAGUGGUUCAGUCCAAACAGCUGGCUCACGGCUUUGAUAGCUGCCAUGAUCAGUGGAGUCGCUGUGGCUAUAACCAUGACACCAUUUGACGUCAUUAGUACGAGGCUCUACAACCAGCCGGUGGAUGAGUUUCGUAGGGGACGUCUGUACCAUGGAUUUUCAGACUGUAUGCUGAAGGUGUGCCAAGCUGAGGGCCUGUUGGGUUUGUACAAAGGCAUGGGCCCUGUCUUCCUGCGCUUGGCCCCACACACAGUGCUCAGCAUGCUGUUCUGGGAUCUGAUGAGGCAUCGGGCAGUGAAGGACAACCAGGGCCAGGGAAGGAGCUAAAACAUCCCAAAACCUGCUUAUAAUGACUGGACUCAGUUAUACUGUAGCUGUCAAAGUGCUCUAUCAAUUAAUGGAUCACUGAAUUUAAAGAAAAAGUUUGACAUUUUAGAAAAUACGCUUAUUUGCUGUCUUGCUGAGAGUUAGAUGAGAAGAUCGAUACCACUCUAAUGUCUGUACAGUAGUCAGAGCCAGCUAGCUGUGUCCCUCUGCCUCCAGUCUUUGUGCUGUAGUUUCAUAUUAACCGUAGAGACACGAGUGUUGUAUCGAUCUUCUCUUCUAAUUCUCCGUCAGAAAGCUAAUAAGCACGUUUCCCAAAGUGUCAGACUAUUCCUCUAAGUGAGACUCGUUUUGUCCCAGGAAGCAAGGAAGGUGGAUGAAUAUUCAGACACCCCACAGAAGAUGUUGCACAGACUCUGACAGACAUUUUGAGGAAGUCCUAUCAAAAGUCUCAAAUAUAUGAAGUUGUUGAUGAACUAUCAGGUUUUAACUUAAAAUACCUCAAAUGAUGAAUUUACAAGCUAUCUCUUGGGGUCGAUCAGAAAUGAGAGACAUGACUCGCACAUGGGCUGCAAGUAAAUCAAUGAAGUGCCGAUGACUUGAAGAACAAGUCUGGAUUAUUAAAACAGAAACUGUGUAUCCCAUGUUAAUUAUCCAGCGUGACUACUGUACUCUAUCACAGUUCAAUACAUAACUCUUGGUGCCUUGUCUAUUAUACGUAACAGAAGACAUCUGUUGGGAAUGUUCUUAUUUACUGACGUAUGAACUACUGGCACCUAAAGCCAAGAAUGCCAUUUGAUUUGAAAUUUUUAUUUACAGAAGUUUAACCUACGGGUACUUCAAGCCUUUGAACAGCAGUUGAUAAUAAUCAUAAUAAUAAUAAUAAUAAUAAAGUAAUUUUUUGUAUGAAAUGCAUUGAAUACGUUUUUUGUUUUGUUUUUUGUAUCCUCAGGGGCACAAGAGCUGCAUCUUUGAAACACAUGCUAUCUCAGAGGCAUUGUAAGCAAAGUGUGAUUUUACUCUGACCCAGCUAAAAGGUGUCUGAUUGUUCUGUAAACCCAAUCAUCUUUUUUGAGAGGACCUUCAGCCUCUUUCAUCAGGAAAUGGUGAGACGGACAACCAAAGUCAAAUCACAUUUGACCUUUGGAAGCUGAGCUUGGAGCGUACUCAGACCUGAUCAGCAGAAAGAUAUACAGGCAAACUGAAAUCGUUCCCAAAGGUUUGGCUCACAGGAAUUUAGCAUAAACUGACUUGUUCUUGGCUGUCAUUUCUGAACAGGUUUGAGAUUAUGGCAGCAUGAAUGAGAGACCAUAGUGCUUUUUGUGUGUCUCCUUGUGAAAACAUAAAAAUGUUUCUCCCCUUCUCUUGGAUCCUGGGAACUUCUGAAUGGACGCCUUUUGAUCCAAACCCAAUUGAUUGUUUUCUUCGAGGUCUUGUGGGUGCAUGUGGAAUAUCAGUGCUGUGCAACCUGAUGAGAGUUUACCACUUCAUUCAAACAUGCAG